UGCCCGAUCUGCAGCUGUAUCUGCGUUCAAUGAACGCACGGCUGUGGCUCGAACGCUGAAUGGAUCUUUGGCUCGUGGUUCGGGGUGGAUUUACAGAAUCCCGGGCGACAUCGGAAGUAGGUAGACGCCAAGAUCCUUUUUGCCCAGGGGGUUGAUCAUCCUGCCAGGGGGUUGAUCGGGAGUCUAUAAAACCGGACUGAUCCUUGCUGGGUUGCAUCAUUCGAGCGAGAAACUCCAAACGAUCGAGACGCGUGUGGCAAAAGCAAAUGAGUGAGCAGUGAUUUGAGUUCAAGGAUCGGUAUUAAAUACAAAAUAGAAGAUCGUUGAUCAGUAACCAUAAGGAAUAUUCACAAAGCAACCAUGGAUAAACUCAAGUACAGCCGCUGUCCGCUCAAGAAGCGUCCGAUAAUGGUGGAGGAGUCCAGUCCAGAGGAUCUUUUAAGUCAUGAUGAGGGACCCGUGGACUUGAGUGUGGCCUCAGCAGCCGUGCCUUUGGAACCCCAUUGGAUGGCUAAGACAGAACAAGAACCUCAUCCGGUGCCCACUGAAAUGAGGCGUCGCUUUGAUGCCGCCCUGAAUCAAACCAAGGAGCAAUUGGCCCGUCGCAUUUGGGAGGAAACCCGUGAGAUAGCCCGUGCGUUUCCGGACGUUUUCACCCGCGAGGAAAUCGCCAAGAGCCUGGCUCGCCUCGGCUACGGUGAAUUCGAGUUGCCACCCGAGGAGGCGGUAAUGGAACCGGAGCAGGAACCAGAGCAGCAAAUCCCUCUUGGAUACGCCAGAGAUGCUAGCCCAACCAUCAUCAAGGUUGAACCCACUGAUGAGGAUCAAUUCCCCCUGCGAAACUACAAUAAUAACCUACUCAAAAGCAUAGCCGAGUAUGAGGAUUGUAUGAAAAUGCAGAACAUCAAAGAGGAGAUAGCUCCGGUCCCACAACCCCAGUUGUUUUAUCCACCCCCCACUCCACUGGCCGAACCGGAGGACCUUUCCGUAACCCAGCGGAGAGUUCUGAGCGAGAACAUGAAUCUGCAAAACGUAGCCAGAGCUCUGCUUAGCAUGCAACACGUGGCUCCGCAGCAUACGCAGCAUUCGCCGCCUCCGAUGGACAUGGAGGAGGAUCAGGAGAAUCAGGACAUCAACCAGCUGAAGAUCAAGAGCAGCAAUGACCUGUACUACCAGUGCCAGCAGUGCAACAAGUGCUAUGCCACCUAUGCAGGAUUGGUGAAGCAUCAGCAAACGCACGCCUACGAAAGCACAGAGUACAAGAUCAUUAGAAGCCAGCCUGGAGGAUCUGGUGCCAUAGUCGACCAAACCGAGUUCUGCACAGAUCAAGCUUCGGCUUUGAUUCAGGCAGCUAAUGUAGCCUCAGCACAGAGCAUGCAAAAGCCAGUGGGAGUACCGCGAUACCAUUGCCAGGAUUGCGGAAAGAGCUACUCCACCUACUCGGGACUCUCCAAGCACCAGCAGUUCCAUUGUCCUUCGGCCGAGGGCAACCAGGUGAAGAAGGUCUUCAGCUGCAAGAACUGCGACAAAACCUAUGUGUCCUUGGGCGCCCUAAAGAUGCACAUUCGUACACAUACGCUGCCCUGCAAGUGCCCCAUUUGCGGCAAGGCCUUUUCGCGACCAUGGCUCCUCCAGGGUCACAUACGCACCCACACGGGUGAAAAGCCCUUCAGCUGCCAACACUGCAACCGUGCCUUCGCCGAUAGGUCAAAUCUUCGCGCGCACAUGCAAACCCAUUCGGAUGUGAAGAAGUACUCCUGCCCCACCUGCACCAAGUCCUUCUCGCGCAUGUCCCUGCUGGCCAAGCACCUGCAAAGCGGUUGCCAGAGUGAGCAGAGUGGAGGUCCCAGUGGGUCAGGAGGUGGCUUCGAUCAGCAGCAGCUACAGCAGCACCUCCAGGGCUACGAGGAGGGUCACAAUCCCCAUCCCCACCAAGUCUACUACGCCGGCAGUGUAGGCAGCAGUAACGGCGAAGAGGAGGAGGGCGGGAACUACUCAAUUCCACCACCGGCCAUUUAUUAAUCUUCAACGUUAAAUCAUAUUCUUAGUCAGUUUAACCAAAGCCAGUAGUCAGAUUCAGGGAAAAGUCAGUGCCAAAAAUUAGUCAGGGCAAUUUUAUUGCCUCUUAGGGUCUCUAGCUUACCAGAAAUAUUUAUUUAGAGUUAUUACUUAAUUAUUCCAAUACUCAUAUCGCAGUUGAAAGCUUAGCCUUAGAUUGUUUUCGUUGACAAUUCCUUGUAUUAUAGAUCAUUGUUGAAACUCGUUUGUGUAUAAAUCAAAACGGUGCCAGAGAAUUAAGCCCCAAUUCAUACCACACACUAACUUAUAAUUUAAUCUUAUAAUUUAUUUUAAAUUAUACUUUAUGAUUUAAGCCUUGUAAAUAUGGUAAAGGUAGCCAUUUACUUGCAUGUAUUUAAAUUUAAUUUUUGU